AUGUCGGCGGAAAGCCUUCCCAUAAACCCGACCGCCUUCGCCGAAGCCAUCAAAGAGCUCACGCUGUCUACGGUAUACGCUAAAGUCGCGGAGCUCCGCAAUUCCAUCGCGCACCUGCAGCGCUCUAACGUCGAGCUGCGCAUAUUCCUCCUUGAGUCACAAGACUCCGAAGAAGAUAAGAAAGAGCUGGAGGGCUAUAUCACCGAGAACGAGGGGGUGAUGAAGUCUAUGGAGGAGCGGCUUGCGCUGCUCAAGACCGAGGUGGAGAAUCGUGGACAGCAGUGGAUUGAGGUGGAGGAUGAGAAGGAGAACUCAGGAGAAGGACAGAGACCGAAUGGCUUACCAGAGCCGACCACGAACGGAACUGCUGCUGACGGGCACCAGAGCGACAAUGCGGGGGAGAAUGGGGAUGAGGGCGUCUAUCUUUGA